ACCACCUUACUUUACUGGUAUACAAAGCCGCUGUAGCUAUCACGUGACUAGGACCUCUGUUCACGGGAAGACACGAUACCAUCAUUUAUCUGGAAUUCAGACUGACAUUCUGUAAUGCGCUGAGAAAGAACCAACACAAGACUUGAACAGAAGAGUUACUGGAUUGAGAAUUUAGUUUGAUUACAUCGUCAUAAAAAAAUUGUGUCACUCUCAGCUCCUUGCGGAGUAUCCGUGAACUAGCUUGUACUCAACAACCAUGUAUAGCGGCAGUCGGUUGAAUCUCGGGUGGCACAGUGACCGGGUCCACAGGGCGGGGUAUUCCACCCGGUCCAGUAGAGCCAGCAGAGCCAGUACAUACACGGAGGAUCCAGUGGACCCAAUUCAACUCAGGAGAACACUGGAAGAGCAUUUCAGACCACUCUUUCAAGGGUUCGUGUACGGCGGGGAGCAGAUUACCAACAAUGAGUUGCGACAGCAUCUUCUUGACGACAACUACAGACGUCUUCUACCACGUGACAAGUUGUAUGCCGUCAUGGACCUCGUCGACUACAACCCCAGCAAGUCCAUCAGCUACAUGGCCUUCGUCAGACUUGUUACAGGAGAGGAAGCAGAUGAAGACAGAUUCAAUAACUCCGAAGACGGCUCCAGCGACGACUUCAACGACGUGAGCAUACUGUACGACGUCUGUCGCAACACAACGAAUCCACAAGACCUGUUGGAGUUUUCCUCCGGAUGCUCCUGGCUUCCCCCUCCCUUCUUCAUCCUGCUGAUCUCUGUAACUCAGAUUAUCGUCUAUGCUGUGUACGCAAGUCAACAGGCCACGCCAGUGACUGCCAUGGACGGCGUCCCCAUCACCAGCUCCAUCAUCUACAACCCCGCCCGCAGAUAUGAAGUGUGGAGGUUCAUCAGCUACACCUUCCUCCACCAGGGAUACGUGGAUCUUCUGUUAACCAUUAUACUUCAAGUCCUCAUCUGUUUCCCGGUGGAGAUCGUCUUCUCGUUCUGGAGGAUAGCCAUACUGUACAUCGUCGGCGUUAUGUCAGGCUCACUGUUGCACUCAAUCAGCGACCACAGGACGUAUUUGGUCGGCGGCAGUGGCGGCACAUACUGCAUCCUAGCAGCUCACUUCGGUGCAAUGAUAUACAACUGGAGUGAGCUCAAGAAGGCUGACGACGGCCCCACGAAGAGGAUAUUUUUUCACCCCCUGUUUCGGUUGGUGGUGAUUGCCGUGCUUGGGAUCAUACAGAUAAGCCUUGCUGUGUACAGGAGAUUCUUCGCUGAUGACGUUCUCAACAUUGGGAUUGGUCACUUCGCAGGAGGAAUUUUAGCUGGUGUGAUGCUCUGCGAGGCGUUCCUGAAAGACCGCCACAGGUACCCGUGGCAAACUAACGCUGGGAGACUGAACCUCCUGUUCUUCCUCAUCUUCGCCGGGGCUUGUGCUGUCUUCAACUGCCUGUAUUUAGGGUAUCCUGCUGGGGACUACAGCUAGAGGUCCCACCACUGUAUCUGGAGCAAAUGCUGUGAUGGAUCGCUCUGCGACAGUCGAAACUGGGUGUGUUUUCUGUGAUGUCUUAGCAAAUACAGCCUAUUUGGUAUUUACGGUAGUAUAGUAAACCGUGCAUUCAUGAACUGGUGGUUGUAUUGUUUUAAACUGGCAUACCGCAAAUUCCCUAAAAGGAGCGGCUAUCAUUUGGGAUCCGGAAAUACAGCUCUAAGAAGACAUUGACUAUGUGAUGCUUUGCCGAAAGCGUCAUCCUAGGCGUCAGCUGCUUGAAGAAGGAGAACAUUGCAAGAUUCCUCAUAUGUCAACAUUUCAAAGGACUGUUUCUGUAAAUAGAUCCCUUUUAUAGUAUGUACGGUAAUAUAGCUGACCGUACAUUCAUGAACUGGUGGUUGUAUUGUUUUAAACUACGAUAUCGUAAAUUCCCCAAAAGGAGCGGCCGUCGAUUGGUGUCAUUAUCGAAGACUGUUGUGGAAUGAAAUUGAAAAAACUUAAAAAAAACCCAUCACUAUUAAAAUCACAUUAAUGCAUCAUUCCAAACAUGUGGAAUCUCAAAACGAAACACCAAACGACAGCAACUGUGGCAGGCCAAGUGAAAUAUGUGAAGCUGUUCUGGUUUGGAGGAUUCAUAGUAUGCCAAACCUAUUUAUACUGAAACCCCGUUAACCCGGACUACAGCACUGGUUAUGUAUAUAGUUGUCUGGGUUAACGAAUCAGUGGCGCAGAGAAAUGACCUGCACAUGUAUGUAUAUUUUGUAGUUUCAAACUGUGAUAGUCUAAUGAGGGUUUCACGUGGCUCUACUGUGUCAUAUAUUGUCAGUUAAUGAUUUGUCUUAAUGGUUGUUAUUGAAAAUGUUAAGAAGUUUUUUCACGUAAUGUUCUCAUGUAUUUGCCGACUUCAUGAAAUAUUGAACGUGAGACUUGAUAGAUGAGAUACACAUCAUGCUCCUGAUGGCCAUGGGGGUUGCCUAAGAUCUGCAUGUCUUAUUUGGGUACCUUUCAGCGUAGAUAUACAUGUCACAUGUCAAGCUUUCGUGUUCGCACUUUAUGACGCAUAAUAAGUAAAAAUAAGUAAAAUAAGUAAGUUUAGUUUUCGCUGCUUUUAGCAGUCUCCCAGCAAUAUCACGUCGGGACACACCAGAAAUGGGCUUCACACAUUGUACCCAUGUGUGGAAUCGAACCCGGGUCUUCAGCGUGACGUGCGAACGCUUUACCCACCAGGCUACCCCACCGCCCCUCGUAAGACUAUGCCAUUCGUAAGUAUAUGAUAAGGUAUAGAGUUACGACUGGACGUAACUUUACGGACGCUUUGUGAAACCGUACACUGGUGCUUACUGAUGUUUAAGAUGAAAAAGUAGAUUAGGUUGUGUCUUAUUUAUACCCAGAUUUGGUGAAAUAUGUGAUUAAGGCAUGAAGUGCAAUUCAAGGAAAGUGAAAAUUUGACGUUCCUGUUCUCUUUUACACCAAUACACAUAAAACUUAGGUACGUUGUUGCAAGCUUGUUGGUCAUGACAUGUGUGAUGUUGUGGACACAAUCCAUAUGUUCCUUAUCAACAUAAGGACUUUAUUUUUCCUACAGUGUCAUGUUUUAUUUACUGAAAGGAGUUAGUGAAAAAUAAUUGCAUAGUUAUGUCACCUCAAUUCUUUGAGGGUUAUAUGUAUUUUGAGGGAAUAAACAGUGCUUAGAAGGUGUUAGUUUCAAGUCA